AUGCUUCAAGCCCUUGGAGGACCUGUGCCCCCUAAUACUGAUCAUGCUGUGAGCGUAUCGUUACCAACAUGGAGAGCCAAUGUGGGUUAUGAAGAAGGAGAGGAAUGGGUCGUAGGCAAGAUGCAAUGCGGCUAUCCUCGAUUCUUCAUACAUCCCAGCGUUCAAAAACUCGCCCUGGAACUCGUUCGUCGCGUCGGGGAUUCCGAAUCAGAGACGGCUACCUUGUUUCCGACACUCAAGACUGCACGAAUCUGCCACUCGUUCAUCGUGUCAAAGGUCUCUCCCGAGGAAGCCAAAGCAGUUCGAAUUGUGACUUUUGUACCUUCCCAUCAGACGGAGAAAGGGUCGAAUACCAUCACCUCUUCGCUCGUUGCGGUCAUACAUAAAAAGGAGUUUGCGUCCAUUGCCAAGCAGGUUUGGCAGCAUUCCGGCAAUGGUAUUUCUAGUCGGCGGGGAGAGUUCUGUUACCGCGCGCUACAGGAUGGCUUUCUAGUGGAGGAGAAGAAGUCUGAGGCCACGGAGGUUCUAUCUCAACGGCCUUGCAAGGGUCCUCGGCGCUACCAGAGCAAGGAAUCCGCUAGUGGAGUAUCGCGAGGCUCAUCUGCAUCGACUCCGACGCCAAUUGAGAGCACCGCGGGGACAAAUGGGGUCGACGAUGGUCGCGACUACGCUCAAUUUAUUGAGGAGCGGUUUGGCCGUAACCUCAGCAUCGCCUUGGCUGAACAAGCAAAGUUGGCUGUGAGGAGGCGAAUCGCUGGUGUACUGACUGCGGAUGUUGAACUGCCCGAGGCGCUCGAAGCAGCGUCGACCGAAGGUCGAGUCUCGGGGAUUUCAGAGCAGGACGUCUAUCUCUACCCUGCCGGAAUGAGCGCCAUUUUCAACUCGCAUCAGACGCUACUGGCCGCCCGUGGCCCGUUGAAGAGUAUUUGUUUCGGCUUUCCCUACACCGAUACCUUGAAGAUCUUGCAGAAAUGGGGACCUGGGUGUCAAUUCUACGGCCAUGGCUCAUCAGAGGAUCUGGACGAUCUGGAAGCACGACUCAAGAAUGGUGAGCGAUUCCUGGGCCUGUUCACAGAAGCUCCUGGCAAUCCUCUUUUGAAGACACCAGACCUGGUGCGAAUUCGACAAUUGGCCGACAAGUACGAUUUCGCGGUGGUUGUCGAUGAAACGAUUAGCAACUUCCUCAACAUCAACGUUCUGCGAUAUGCCGAUAUUGUCGUCAGCAGUUUGACGAAGAUUUUCAGUGGUGACAGUAACGUGAUGGGUGGCAGUGCGGUGCUGAACCCCCAAGGCUCUUAUCACCAGCUUUUGAAGGACACCUUGAACCGCGAAUAUGAAGAUCUGUACUGGGCAGAAGAUGCCGUGUUCCUGGAACGUAACAGCCGUGACUUCAUCAGCAGAAUCGACAAGAUCAACGCGAAUGCGGAGGGAAUCACCGCCAUGCUCAAGGAAUCUCCGUUGGUCAAGGAGGUUUACUAUCCCAAGUACAGCCCAACAAGGCCCAAUUAUGACAAGUUACGCACGCCCAACGGUGGUUACGGUGGUCUCUUCUCGGUCACAUUUCACUCCACCGAGCAAUCCAUUGCCUUCUACGAUACGCUCGAGGUUUUCAAGGGGCCCAGCCUCGGCACCAAUUUCACCCUCUGUUCUCCCUAUGUCGUUCUCGCUCAUUAUCUCGAACUUGACUGGGUGAAAACAUACAAUGUCGACCCGGACUUGGUCAGAAUAAGUGUUGGGCUCGAAGAACUCCCCGACCUGCGACGUCGUUUCCAAAGGGCGUUGGAGGCGGUUGAAAAGGUGAAAGACGCCUAG